AUGUUAUCGAAUUCUCCACGCUCUCCCUCUUCUCCAGACCUGAUACUCACGCCAACAAAAGCCACGAGAACUGUCUCGCGAUCAAGAACGCUCCCGCUGAGAAUGAGUCCAGGUAGGCGUGCCAGCAUCCCCACGCUGGAGGGCGUAUCUCUCGAAAUAUCCAAGCUGGAGCGUUUGCGAAGGUGGAUAUUAGGGCUGGCAAUAGUCAACUUUGACCUUGACCUCGGCCCUGUCCUGACUUGUGUAUUUCCGCCAGCUCACUUAUUACCCUCGGAGGUAGAAAACAUAGCGUUUUCUGCUUUUCCCGACUCCCCUCAGUUUGAAGAAGGAUCUCAAAUUCAUUCAUUCAGAAUACGGGAAAGCUCGUCCCAGGAAAAGCGCGGGUCAUUGAGCGAGCCUCGCUCGACAUCACUAUCAGAUGGAUACAUCUACGGCUACUCGCACUUCAGCCAGCGCAAAAAUCUUUCUUUAAAGCGCGGUUAUGAACAGCGCUCUAUCGUGAUACUCAGUCACUAUCCGUACCCCGCUCUAUUCUUUCAUGUCAUAUCGAAGCUAGGACCCUUAUUUCACACACACGGGGACCCGAUACUGGAAGUCGCGUGCCAUAAUAUAGCUAACUGGCCCAGCCCUGCGCCUAGUACAACGAUAGAACUGGGAUUCCUUGGUUCAGUUUUCCACGCAGAAUUACCCCUGAGCCUGGACGAGCAGCAGCUGAGCAGCACAGCCCAUCUUCAUAGUCAAACGGAGCAAGAUACCCAUAUCCUCGUCUCCGCUCCCCCACCCACUCCGCCGCCGUUGCUUCUGUUCGAGGCUUCAUUCUCCCACUUAUGGACCAUUUGGGAGGUCCUUAUACUCAGCGAACCAUUGCUAGUGUAUGGACCUUCUCCCGCUAUGACAAGCCAGGCCGUCUGGUGGCUCCGCGAUCUUUUUCGUCCGAUACCGUGGCCGGGCGAUUUCCGACCGUAUUUCACAAUUCACGAUAAGGAACACAACGCCCUUGUAAACAACAAGCGGCCGAAAGCUGGCUUAUUGCUUGGAGUCACUAACCCUUUUUUUGAGCGUGCAUGUAAACACUGGCCACAUAGUCUUAGUCUCGGAAAGCCACGCCCAAAAGGUACGAAGAGUAUGACUCCAAUCGCCGCCGGUCAGUCGCCGGGGUGGAAAACCAAAACACACAAACGCUACACAUUGAAGGACCGACAAUUACUUCAAGAGAUGGAGGACGCUGUCCAGAGUGGACCACAGGCCUUGGACACAGCCUCCGCAAACAUGAGACGCCAUUUCUCGUCCCGUACAGCCGCACUACUCGUCCCAUUCAACCGCUAUCUCAACACGCUCAUCCCAUCCCCUUCCGAGGCCUUGCACAGCUCGAGGUCGGACCGCACUCCACGCCUCAAGCCGUUCAACAACGUCAACUUCCUCGCGUCACUCAAAACCCACGGCACUCCAUUACCUUUUCGGUCAAACAGCAAACAACGAGAGUUUUACGAGAGGUGGCUGCGUACCCCGGCAUUUGGACUGUGGCUUGCAAGACAAGAGGAGGUCGUGGAGAGGGUUUUGAGGGAGAAUGCCGAACGAGGUCUGGGAGGGCAAUCAUAG